UUAUCAGCCGUGCGGCGCGCUUUCUAGGUUACUAGGUUAGGAUUUGGUUUUAUUUGAAAUUUAAUUUUGAAUUUCAUAAUCUUUCUCUCAGCGCAGCGGAAUCGAAUGAGAAACUUUGCUCAGGAGGCUUUCCGCAAUCAAUGUCUUGUAAAUUUGAAACCCCUGAACCAAGUACGUCAACUAAGGAUAAGAAAAAACCCAGGAAAAUCAAGCCCUCAAAAAGUGAAUCAGGAAGUAAAAGGAGUGCGCCAAAGCAAAAAAUGAACAAAACUGUCAAAGUGCCAGGUACUCAAAAAAGUAAGACUCAACUGUCAGCCACAAAGAUGUUGAGGAGAAAAAAAGUGAAGCAUCUAGAAAAACUUGUGAAGUACUACAUCAAUAGGCUAUCAUUUGACUCAGCUUUAUUUUGGGCCCAGCGUCUUCUAUCAAUAGACAAAUCUGCUGAGAGUAUCUAUCUACUAGGGAGAUGUUUAUUUCUGAAGAAACAAUAUCGUCGUGCCAUAAAUGUCAUCAGGGAGGCUGGUUUAGACAAGAAGGAAAUCAAUCCAUUAUGUUUUUACCUCGUUUGCAAGUGUUUAUAUAUGGUGGGUGACUACCCUGAAGCCCUAGAUUUACUCAGUGGAGAACCGCAGAAUGUUCAUCUUACAGAUGCUCCCUUCUCCUGCACUAGCAGAAGGAAAUCUAAAUGGAUGAAAAAAUAUGGUCAAAAGAAAAAUAUUGAACCUUCUCUUACUGUUUUGAAAGCUCAAAUUCACGAGAAAAUGGAAAAUAGAAUCGUUGCUGCAGAAAACUAUAAGAAAGCCUUGGAGCAAGAUAUAUUUUGCUAUGAAGCUUUUUCAGCUUUAGUCAGUCAUCAUAUGAUUUCUUCUCAAGAAGAAAAGGCAAUCAUCAAAAAAAUGGAUGAGCAGUUAGCUAAUAAACCGAUCAAUCACGAAAAGGCUCUCGUCAGAGAAAUUUAUCAGAAUAUCAUCGAUAAGUAUCGUGCUCCAUCAAAUAAUCGCAAAGAAAUCGAUGCCAAGAUAUGUCCUACCUCACACAGUUCAAAAGCCUAUCCUUCGACCAACCUUUGCAAACAUCCAUAUGUUGCAAUAGCAGAAGCUGAGAGACUGUAUAAUGCUUGUUAUUUUGCAGAUUGUCUCAGUGUCACUGAAGAAAUUCUAGAAAAUUCUCCAAUGCAUCCUACUUGUUUACCGAUCCAUAUUGCUUGCUUAUUUCAACUUCGACUGUGCAAUAAAUUAUUUCAACUAGGCGAAGCACUAAUCAAAGAGCCGAAGAAUUCCAAUGCCUGGUAUGCAGUCGGAUGUUAUUAUCUUGUCUCUGGUAAAGUUGAAUUAUCGAGGAAGUACUUUGCCAAGGCAACGUCAGUAGAUAAAAUGAAUGCUCCCGCAUGGAUUGCAUAUGGUCAUUCGUUUGGAUUUUUUACUGAACAUGAUCAAGCCAUGGCAGCCUAUUUUAAGAGUGCUCAAUUAUUAAUCGGGUGUCAUUUGCCCUUGCUAUAUCUUGGAAUGGAGUGCACUGAAACAAACAAUUUUAAAUUAGCAGGAAAUUACCUAGGACAAGCUUGUCAAAUAGUUCCUAAUGAUCCUUUUGUAAUCCAUGAAAUGGGAAUCGUAGCCUAUCAAAGCAAAGAGUACGCUCAAGCUGAAAAACAUUUUGAUCUCGCCUUAGCAUUAGUACAUGAACGGAAUCCUGUUAUCGUGGCUGAAACAUGGGGUGUGUUACUGAACAAUCUUGGUCACACUCAUCGAAAAUUGAAAAAUUACGAUCGAGCUUUAGAAUACCAUUUAAAGGCAGUGAAAAUUAAACCAACGUGUCCAAAAAUUAGGACUGCCGUUGGCUUUGUGGAAGCACUUUUAGGUCGUUAUGAAGACGCUGCCAAGUCAUUUCACAGAGCUUUAUCAAUACAGUCUGAUAAUUCCUUUGCAACCAGUAUGCUGAAUAUUUGUUUAGAACGGCUGAGUCAUGAGGAUCAUAUUUAUCAUGAAUUUAAAAAUGACGACUUUGUGUUUAUUCGACCAUCGACUAGUCAUGGACCUGCAGAGAGCUCCAAGUCUGGACUGUUCUGGUCUGGAAGUCCAGGAGACCUCAGCGAGGAUGAAAGUUUAAUUUAUCAACUUGAAGAAGGUUCAAGUGGCUCCGACUCGGAAAAUGGGUUCAACAUAGGAAGUGCCUCGGAAGAAGGCUCUGGUUGCAGUGAUGUUGAAAUGCAGGAUGAAAAUGUAUCAUAAUCCUCCAAGCUCUUGGUCUUAGGUCAAAAAAGUCUUGUUGUCAAUCGAAUACGUUUUACAUCCUAUCCCGAGUGAGACCAAGGUCAGUCCGAUAAGUUGCUUAUUAUUUUAAUCACAGUACCGGUCCCUGUAAUUUUGGGACAUCUAAUGUAUGCUCAUGAGAGAGUCUCAAUGCCAGUUGAAUACGGGUUAAAUCUGCGAUAAAAUAUAAUAAGUAAGAGUGUGAUUAGUUUGAGAGGCCAUUUUGAUGAGGGAUAGAUGAAUAUUCCUCACAGUUUUGAUGGCAUGACAUCUGUAAAUAAGGCAGCAAAAGUGAUGGUGCUCUAACUUUCAUCCAUUGAACCCUGUAUCGAAUCAAUCUGUAUUCAACCGGCUUGAAUGACAUACCUACCCGAAGGCAAGGGAGCCGUACACGAGAGAAAAAAUAGUUCAAGGGAUGAUUGAGAGUGCACCUCAUGUGUACUGUACGUUAACCAUUAUGAUUGUUGAUUGGACGUAUUUCUGUUAAACGGAACUAAGCGCCAAAUUGAGUUCCUUUUAAGGAUUUUAGAAUCCUGGAUAGUACGUUUUGUCAAACGGAACUAAGCGCCAUGGAAAAGCAUUGCGAGUACCGGACGGAACGAGCAUCACGUUCCGCAACACCCACCAAUCCGAGCCUCCCUCUCCCUUCCUCUCCCGAUAGCACUUAGUUCCGUUUGAUAGAAAUACGUCCAAUUAUGCGUGUCUGGGGAAAAAGUUAAGAGAAACUCAUUUUUGUUUUGUUUGGUUAUGUUUGGCAAUCUACACUUUAGUGUUCAGCCUGGUUUUUGAUGGUACGAGAAAAACUCAUGUCGUCAAAAGAUGGUGUUGUUGCUUUGUACAUAUUUAUCCAGAAUAAUGAUAAUUAUGUACAGUUUAAGGAGCCUUAGUACCUGUUCUCAUUUAUUGAAGUAAAUUGUAUUUCUAAUCCUGUGAUUGGUGUUUUCAUUAAUUUAGUUUAAUUGUAACGUUUCUAAUAAAUUACAGCCCAAACAUUUUUUUUGUUUUUAAUACUAUGAGUUCUGUUACCAUGGUUGUUUAAAUCAUAUGUAUGUUCUGAUAAAUCCUCUUUUCGCCCCACAUUGUGCAUUGUGCAUUUGUGCAUUGUGACUUUUACAUCUCCUUUGAUUAUUGACUUAUCUGAAGUUGCUCUUGUCAACACAUUCGCCCCUGCUGAUUUAAGCUAAUUUUACUUGUUCUAUCACUGUCUAAAGUUACGAUAAUUUUAUUUGCAUUUCUGCGGAAACCUUUUCAUUGGAAGCAGCUUACUCGAAUGUUUCUGGCUCAUACCUGAUGACUGCCUCUUGCUAUUUUAGUCUCUUUGAAUGGGAUUUAGUUUGGCUGUUCUGUAGCCCUGUGAUCAAUGCAAUGAGUUCCAUAUGUACCAAAGGUAGGCAAUUUGCAGUGCCGAAAGAAUUGCGCCUUAUUUCAAUUUUAUUCCGAUAGAUUUCAGUAAAAGAAGCCGCUUCAAUUGGUGAAGAGACAUUGUACACAACUUUCCAAUAUAAUAGCCAUAAUUUUACCAUGUAAUAGCAAUUUAUUGCAAACCUGUGCUACUUGGGCAUGACACUUUUAUUUCUUUGAAAGUUUUUAUUUUUAUACAAAAAAUUUGUACAAAAAACGUUCCAUUAUUUUUUGUGGACUGAAGCUAAAUAAAACUGAUUGAAAAUUCAAAUCUUUUGUCAAAAUAUUUUGAUGUACUUUUUGUCACUCCCGCACAGUAAACUACAAUAUGAUGUACUGUAGCGGUCUGCUAGUUGAAAUCAUGACAAGAUCAAGUAGUUUGGAGGUUAUAGCAGCAGAGCUUAUUUUAAAAUUCUUCAUUAAUAAAGCAGAAUAAAGUGGAUUCUAAUUUGCA